UCGGACCGUGCAUUUGGUACAUUCCCAGACGUGUCGCCAGCAUCGCUAUUCCGCCUCGCCAGUCUUGCUAGACAUUUGUGGUUUCUUUCUUUCUGUCCCGAGCUAUUUGCCAAUCCUAUAGCUUCUUAUCACAUUGCAAGUCCACGGUCCGACUAUGGCAAUUAUGAUGCCUACUAUGGACUCUUAACAUGGCGCGCUACUCUACGUCUUUUUGCCAAUAUGACCAAAUUGCGAUAA